AUGUACUAACUUUCAUAAUAAUUUAGAAUAUAGAGAAUUUACGAUAAUUAGCCACAGCAAAACUAAUAGGAAAUAGAUAGAGAUAGAGAAAUAGCUUUGAAGUAUAUGAAAGAGAGAAUAUUGCAUCCAGAUGAAAGAGAUAUGCUAGUUUGGAAUCUAGUCACUGAUGUACCUCUGAUCAGAUCUCCAUGGCAAUACCUUUGUUUUAUUCUUAAUGUUAUUAUUCCAGAAAAGUGGUCUAAGACUUUAUUCAUGGUAGGCAUAUUCUAACUACUGUUAGCUUAUUUGAUAAUUGGCUGGGCAUUCUCAAUCUAUUGGGGAAUUCUUAUUGUGAGAAAGAGUUGGGAAGAUAAAAAAGAAUUAGAGUUGUUCUUGUAAAAGACAUAGCUAAGAAGUGAUCAAGCAUCAGCAGCUAACUAGAACUAGAAUCAGAAUAGAAGAUGA